UAAAUUGGGUAACUGUCCAGUGACAGCAGACAAACACCUGCUCGUACAGAUCAUCCUGCGCCGGAGUUGAUGGGAACUGCUUUGAUACAACAAACAUUUGGACCGUAAUCGACCCAAGACGUGGGGAUUUGGACUUAAAAUGUCAAACUUGAAAGGCAAAAGAAAAGAGUAUCUAAGUGUGAAGGAUCUGCAGAAGGUUUUGGACUCAUGUAAGCUUCAUCUCAGUCAAGUUGAUGAGGUCUGGCCGAAUAUUUACAUAGGAAAUUUGGCAGUAGCCCAAAACAAGACUGCCUUGCAGAAAUUAGGUAUAACUCAUGUAUUAAACGCUGCUCACUCCAAGCAAGGCAGCAUAGGGAACCAAAGCUUUUAUGGCAACAGCUUUGUGUAUUGUGGCAUUCCAGCAGAUGACUCGACACACUUUGAUCUGGAUGUUUACUUCCAGCCUGCAGCUGAUUUCAUUCAUAAGGCUCUGAAGUCACCUGAUGGGAAAGUUCUGGUGCACUGCAUCAUGGGAAUGAGCCGGUCAUCGACCUUGGUGUUAGCGUACCUCAUGAUCUACCAUCACCUCCCGCUCAAACAGGCUCUGCAGAAACUGAUCCAGAAGAGAGCAAUCUACCCCAACAGGAAUUUUCUGGCUUUGCUGUUGGAUCUGGAUCUCCAGCUGAUGAGAAAGAAGAAAAAAACAUGUCAGAUCUUGUAGUCAAGGGAAGAUGACAUUUUUCAGCCCCACAGCAGCGUGGUGUCUGUAGGGACGGUGGGGCUGGUCAGUCUGUUGGUCCAGACUCUAAUAUUUCUGAUGGACAGUCAUGAAAUUUGGUGCAGUUAAUGACUGAAUUUCUGUCAAACUCAGCUGUACUUUGACAUUAGCUAAUAUGUUGGCGUGUUAAACAUUAAAGUUCUAGUGUGUAGAAUUUAUUACCAUCUAGUGGUGAGGUUGUGGAUUGCAACUGACUGAAACUUGUGUGCCAAGCAUGCAGGAGAACUACAGUGGCUGAAGCAAAAACACAAAAGGCCCUCUGUAGAGCCAGUGCAUGGUUUGUCCAUCCUGGGCUACUGUAGAAACAACAUGGCGGACCUCAUGAAAAAGGACUCGCUCUGUUUGUAGAUAUAAAGCUGAUUCUAAGGUGACAAAAACAUGACAGUUCUUAGUUCCAGGUGAUUAUACACUAAUAAAAACAUAAUUAUUAAUAUAAUCUGCCACACUGGGCCUUUAAGAAAAAAACAAUAGUAAAGUUGCUCAUUUAACAUUUAUCUCACUCAGCCCUCAAUUUUUUAUUAGCAUGCUAAAAGCUGACAUGUUAAUUUAGCCAAUACAGUGGUUCCCAGCUGUUGGGUCGCGGUCCAAAAGUGGGUCGUGGGUCCACUCUGAAUGGACUGCAAGUGACUGGUGAAUGUGUCAAGUUUGUAAAAAACACACUUUAUUUUUAAGUACAGUGGAUUUCCAGCACAAAGCGUUUAUUUUGAAGUGCUGUUUCCUGCUUUAGAGUGAGUGACUAACGGACAGCUAUCUGACAGAGACGGCAAACUAGCUUGACAACAUAGCUAAACGCAACUAUGACGCUGAAUAUAUUAAACUGUGGGGACCACAAACUAAUGACUAACGCUGGACCAGUUGGGAACCACUGACCUAAUAAUAUAUUUACAUGCUAAAAGUUAACAGAAGGAGCUAAAGCCCAAUCCCAAUACCCCCCCAGACGACGGGGACUUCUAGCUAACCAGCUAACAUUAUGAGGCAGCAUAAUUAUACUAGCUGGCGUGUUAUCGUAAUGUAAAAAACUGACAAUUUUGCAGAACAGGACAGAUGACAGACACCAGAUAGUGCGAGCUAACGAAGAGGGGGUAUUGGGACAGGCCCUAAAUCUGCACACUCAUAACUAUUAACUAUUUUCAUUAAGCUUAUAAUCAUUGUUUUAGCCCAUAUUACCUUUUUGAGGCUAUUGUUAAUAUUAGCAUGUUACACCAACAUGUUAACAUACUAAACAUUAGAUGCUAAACUUUUGCAAAUUCACAUGCUAAUGUUGGCAUCCAGCAUUCACAAUACUAAUAGCAUGCUAACAGGUAUGAAUGUUCCACUGACAUUUAGCAUGUUAAUAUGUUAGCAUGUCAACAUUUAACAUGCUAAUAAGAACUUAGGGCAGAGCAGCUACAGUAACUGUUUGUGUGCAACUUUCUCAUUUGCCUUUGUAUCUUAACAUCUUCCAUGCUAACAUGAUAUAGCUUAUUGCUAACAGCACAUUAACAUCAUGGUUAUCAUCCAGUAGGCUCAUUGUUAACGUGCAAUGGAGUAGGAUGGAAGUUAGCAUGCUAACACAAAUUAGCAUUCAGCUCAGUGUACAGCUGACCCUAAGUGCAGUAAAGGUUUACAGAUGGCAUGUUUAACUCAUAGACUGUAUGGUCAAACUGGAAGAAAACUGUGCCAAAUCUGACAACGCAGAGAUGUGGCGAUAAAAACAUACAUUGGCUACAACAUGGCCUUACCUCUGGCGCCACCAUCAGACCAAGCUAUAUCUUGUCUUUCUAGUGGUAAAGAUCUCACACAGAAUUGGAGAGUUGUCUUUAAGUAAGAAUCCAGUUUUGUUGUCUGUUUUUUAAUAAGCUGCAUUACCUUCUCGUGAACCUGCCACCAUGAUUAGGCUACAGACUUUUAUGUAUUUUUGUAUGUUUUUGGAGGCAGCGAUGUUAAAAACAAACUGUAUGAAUACUAGGACACAAUCGAAAACAAGAUGCUUCAUUUCAAGGGGUUUAUCUUAAUGAAUAAACUUUUACAGCAACAACAAAGAACUUCUUAACAAAAGACAGUUUGGAGACUUAAUGCAAUGCAAAGUGAAAACAGAGACUGAACAAUGAAUGCUAAUGAUAAGGAGAUUUUAAAGCUACAGUAUUUAUGUCUUUCAGUUACCUCUCAUUCUUGUCAGAUGUCUUUUUCUUUAGCACCUCACUUUGUAUUACAGCAAAAUGGACCAAAUGUCUUUUCUUUUUUUUUGUAAACUCUGUAGAUGACUCAGAAAAGAUACUUGUUUCUGCAAUUCAACGGCCAAACUCAAAAUGGGAAUCAAUCUCAUCCGUCUCUUUAACAAGACAAAACCCGUCAGUGUUCACAGUGUGAAAUUCCUUUGGUGUAUUCGUCAAGCUAGUUGAGAUGAUCGUCGCUGUAGAUCAAAAGGUUUCAGAUCUUUUGAUUGUCUAUGAAAUCAUCUGUAGAAACAUUAGGAACGUCAGACACAAAAAGACACACAUGUCUAUUGUAGAGUAGUCUGACAGCAAUGAUUUUAGGAUGGUUCAUCAGUUGAUUGCAUACUUAAUAAAUAGUCAGUGUAACUUAUAUGUUUACAUGUGACAAAUGAAAAUUGACUGGGUUGACGGACCUUUUAGAAAUCAUUAUCUCCCAACAUGUGAUACACAGUGGGGAUUUCUUUUAUGAAUAUUUUAUUUGGGUGCAAGAAACAGAAUACAACGGUGUUUUGCAAAGAAUGAACUUUGCAUGAUAAAAAUAAAUGCUUGUAUUGUUUGUA